AUGAGUUCCUUUUCCAUAAGAGACAUUCUUAAUCUUCCAGAGGAAAGAAUCCGCUCUCUGAACUCCAAGGGCGAGGAUCCGAUGACCUUGCAAGAAAGACGGAGCUUUGCCAUCGCCACUCCAAGCUCAGACGAUGAAGAGGGAAACGCUGAUGCGCCGGACACCACAAAGUCAAGUACGAAUAACUUAACUAUUAAUGAUUUUUGCCCUGCAAAGCAAAUGCCACGCGCUGUAUUCAAGUAAAAGUGUCUAAGCUCAAAAGUUGUAGGAACGAUUAACGAACUCAAGAGAUCUUUGUCGUGAAUAACAGUGUGAAAAGAGUUAAUUCGCUUUAGAUAAGUGUAGUUAAACUCUGUAAACUUCACCACAUCUAAGAAAUCUCGAAGUUUCACUUCUUAGCUGUCAGGCUUUAUUAUGUGUCAUACUAGAGUCCUAUAACUGGCCUCAUAAAAAGCUGUUCUAUAUUGUAACGAUAGCAUCCUUUACUGCCACUUAUAACCUCAAUAGAAACGGAAAAAGUUUCAAGUGAUUAAUUCUGCUAUGGUGCGAAAAAUAUGUCAAUGGAAUUGUCAACUCUAGGGCUGUAUGCCGGCUCUAUUUCGGUCGUAUUCAUUGAGGAUUCAUGACUUGUCGGUUUAUGGCGCGCAAUUUGGCAAGCGCGAUAUUUAUUUAUGAAUUUCUGACUUCAACAACUUUUAAAUGGCAAUUCACAUUUUUAUUCUCGAGAUAAGGAGAAUUGGGUUAAUUCAAAGUAGAUUAUUCAGGUUUUAUAAUGCUACUGGUAGUCUAUUGAGAAACUCACAUGGAUAACCGCAACUCUCUUACCCACACAGGCGCGACACAACGACUACCGUCUCAGUCUCAGAAUCCAAACGCCCAACUGGCCUCGGACAGGAAGGAACAAUCAGAAUCUAGCAAGAAGAGAAAGAGAAGGGUUUUGUUCACAAAAGCGCAGACGUUUGUUUUAGAAAGAAGAUUUCAACAACAGCGCUAUUUGUCGGCACCCGAGCGGGAAGAACUUGCACGGAUAGUGAACCUUACUCCAGCGCAAGUGAAAAUUUGGUUUCAAAACCACAGAUAUAAAUACCGCAAGCAGAUUAGUGAGCGAGGGCCUUGGGACAAACCGUAUUCACCUUUGUCAGCACAAGGGGCUUUAUUGAACGGUUCAGGACAGUUCUGCAGCUGCCUCAGUCCAAGCUGUAGCUACCUAAGCAGUCCACCCUACCAAGGAGAUUAUCUUCAUUAUCCUACGGCAGUAAACUCGACGUACAUCCAGCCUACCACGUAUUGGUGAUUGAAUAGUGAAAGGCGAACCGAGCGCCCGCGCGACUGUUUUUAAAGUAACAGGAGUAGUAUAGUAAAUGCUCUUUCAACUAGCGUUUGUCUAAAAAGAGAUAAGGGGGUUCACUGUCAGUGUUAAGUUUUAAAAUGACAACGCCACGUUUCGAAAAUGUACUUGUAAAUAAGUUACACAAGUCAGCUCGAGUAAAGCGCAGCAAAACGUUUACAUUCUGUAAAUUGUACACACAUUCACCUUAGGGGCUCCAGUACCAUGUUUUUUUUGCUUUCGGGUACCAGAAAGCGUGCGUAGCUGACAACGAAAAAGGGAAGCGUGGUUUAAUUUAGAGAAAAUAAUCUUGUAAAUAGUGAGAAAUUCGAUAUAAAGUGAUUUUGUAAGGUAUUAAGGGUUAGGCGCAAAAAGUUGGCGAAGUUAAAAUAUCGUUUACCGACACAAAUGUGAACUGUGUGCAUUGGGAAUUCCUUGUGUAAUCAUCUGUCUUUUGAUUUCUUUAUAGAACACUAAAACCGUCACUAGUAUUUUAUCAUGAAUGCCAAUGAAUAAAUGAAACUGCUAGAAGC